CUAGAGUAUGAGCAUUCAUAUUUGCUUGUCGACGUACCCAUUUAACAGAAAUAUUUAACCUGUUAGUUAAAAUAAGUUUACAGUCAUGGAUGACAGCGCCAAAUUCAGACUAUCAGCAAUAUGAGAACACGAAGCUUUAAUAACAAGUUGUGAAUCAAUAAAAACACAACCAGGACCCAAAUACAAGUACCGCAACCAGAGAAGAGUGGCUCUCAAGGCCAUAGCCUUGACCAAAUCUGCAGAACCUAAGCCUUGAAAUUGACCAGAAACAGCAACCACAAAAAGCCCUUCACCAUCUUCCAAAACUCCACCAUAACCCCAUAUAUUCCAAUUGGAACUUUAGAAAAAAAAAAAAAUCCAAUUUCUAGAAUUGAAUUCUAACAUUUUAUUUGAAGUACAAAGAUUAUAAACUCCAAUACGUUUUUAUGCUUGAAACCACUUGCAUUUUGAUUGGAGAACAUAGAACAGUAGAAUCCAAAAUUCAGCAGAGGGCAAACGACAUCGUUUUUGCUCAGCUCCAGCAUAUGACUAUAAUAUCGUCGCCUUGCGUAGAUUCUGUGCAGAACUAUUUGUCUAUUUCAAAAAGCCUCCUCUGUUUCCAGUAUCGCCAAAUUGAUAUCAAAUUCAAUUUACGUUUCCCACUUUUUUCCACUUUCUUGAUCGCUAACUAAAACUAUUUGUCGUUUGGGUCUGAGUCAAGGUUUAGGAAUGGCGGAUUCUGAGGAAAAGGUGGUGGCCGUGAUCAUGGUCGGUGGUCCUACUAAAGGUACUAGAUUUAGGCCACUUUCAUUUAAUACUCCAAAACCUCUGUUCCCAUUAGCUGGGCAGCCUAUGGUUCACCAUCACAUUUCUGCUUGUAAAAGGAUACCAAAUUUGGCUCGGAUUUUUCUUGUUGGAUUCUACGAGGAGCGUGAAUUUGCUUUAUAUGUAUCUUCAGUCUCUAAUGAAUUCAAAGUACCAGUAAGAUAUUUGAAAGAGGAAAAACCGCAUGGCUCUGCUGGUGGUCUUUAUUUCUUUAGAGACAUGAUCAUGGAAGAUAGCCCGUCACAUAUCUUUUUGCUGAAUUGUGAUGUUUGCUGCAGUUUUCCAUUACCAGAUAUUCUUGAGGCACAUAUAGAAUAUGGUGGGAUGGGAACGAUGUUAGUAACCAAGGUUUCGGCUGAGUCAGCAAAUCAAUUUGGGGAACUGGUUGCUGAUCCUACCACCAAAGAACUGUUGCAUUACAUAGAGAAACCAGAGACUUUUGUAAGUGAUUUGAUAAAUUGUGGAGUGUACGUCUUCUCCCCGGAUAUCUUUACCGUCAUCCAAGCAAAUCUACUUCGUGGAUCUAGUUUUGAGGGCCUCCAUUCUAUGACAAGAACCACCCUUCCUGCAGAUUUUGUAAGGUUAGAUCAAGAUAUUUUGUCACCUCUUGCUGGAAAGAAGCAACUGUAUACAUAUGAGACCAUAGAUUUCUGGGAACAAAUCAAAACUCCAGGGAUGUCCUUGAAAUGUUCUGAUUUAUAUCUUGCCCAAUAUCGAUUGACCUCCCCUCAUCUUUUGGCCACUGGGGAUGGAACUAGAAGAGCUAGCAUCAUUGGUGAUGUUUAUAUUCAUCCGUCAGCAAAAGUGCAUCCAACUGCAAAGAUUGGGCCCAAUGUCUCUAUUUCUGCAAAUGUUCGUGUAGGAGCAGGCGUGCGGCUCAGGAGUUGCAUCAUCUUAGAUGAUGUUGAACUUCAGGAAAAUGCUCUUGUUAUGAAUUCUAUUAUUGGUUGGAAAUCAUCUAUAGGGAGAUGGUCGAGAGUCCAGGCUGAUGGAGACUACAAUACAAAGCAUGGAAUAACCAUCAUUGGAGAAGCUGUGAUAGUUGAAGACGAAGUUGUCAUUACUAACUGCAUUGUUCUUCCUAAUAAGAUCCUUAACUGCAGCUUACAGGACGAGACCAUCUUAUAAGACAAUGGAGAGUGUUCUUAUUCAGCCUUUAAUUUUUGAGUUUUGCUGCUUUCCUUCAUGGAUACUGGCUAUCAGGAACUGAGGUCAUCAAAUUUUCUCACCACACCUCUCUUUAUGACCCUUUUGGUUUUCUUAUUUAUGACCCUGCAGUUAGACCAUUAGGUCAUGUUUGGAAUCCAAUUAUUGGAGUAGGAAUUUGUUUCUUAUUUGGUAUACAAGAAACCAAUUUUUUUUUUUUUUUUAAAUUAAGGAGGUUUAAUGUUUGAAGAAUUUGAAUUUAGAAUGAAGCCCCCAUCUAUUUAUAUGUCUUA